UGUGUGAGAUUGUCUUUUCCCAAGUUCCAACUUUAAACGUAUCUCUUUGGCUUCUUUUGUGAGCUCAUUCACAACGCUUUUAGUAAGUGCACAUUUGACACUUCCAAGUCAGUUCACCCAAUAAUUAUGACGAAAUGAGGUAAAGAGAAGGAAUCUCGUUCAUCAGCAAUUCAGCAAUCAUCCUUUUUCACCAUUUUAAGCUCAGGAAUCGAAGCUACAAAAUCAUGUUGAAUUUACAUGCACUUCAGAUCUAUCUUUUUCUUUAAGGUUCUGACAUGCAGGAAAUUCGCUUUGAAGGGUGUCUUGAAAACGUUGCGUUUUGAUAUACUGUAGGAGAAGGUGCUGAAAUUUGCUUGAGUGUUGCAGUGUAUAAAGCUGCAUUGUACAAGGAUGACUGGGAACAUCUCUGACAAUGAUAGUGUAAACUAUAGCUGGACUAGUGACGAAGAACUAGAAAUAGAGAAAAAAGUUUUUGAUUCUGGCACUUCAUUGACCACUCUCAAUGGAGGGCUUUUAACGGGUACUGCUGAGGCAAGCUCUUCUUCUGGGCCUUCCUCAACAUUAUUUCGCCAUUUUGUUGGAGCAGGUUUUUCUGAAAAUUUGGUUGCAAAAGCAGUUGAAGAAAACGGAGAAGGAGAUAUGGACGCCAUUUUAAAUGCUCUUCUAACCUAUUCGGCCUUGGAAAGCUCUCCUUCUGAUGAACUGGAUACUGAAAAGCCUUCCGCAAGAGAACAAAAUGGACAUUUUGAUGAGAGAAUAGAUGGCAUAUAUGCUCAGACUAAUAAUAUUGAUUCUGAUCAGAAGGUUGGCGUGGAUUCUGAUUCCUUGUCCUCAGAUUACGAAGAAAAUCUUCUUGAGGACUUUUCUGAUUCAGAUAGUGGUCCUGGAAUUGAGGAAACUCCUGGCCCGUUGUCAGAGGAGAAGAAGAAGAUGUUGUUUUUGACUGAUAUGGGUUAUCCCGUGGAAGAAGUCUCAAUAGCAAUAGAAAGAUGUGGCCCAGACUCUUCACUUGAAGAGUUGGCUGACUUCUUAUGCGCUGCACAAAUGGCAAGGGCUUCCGAUGCAUCAUAUGUAGAUCCACCAGUCAAACCAAAGCUUUAUGGUGAUUUUUCUAAACAUAAGAAGAGGAAGCUAUUCGAGUACGAGAUGGGGAGGAAAAAGCAGAAGUCCUUUCUUGAGGAAGAUGAGCCUCUUCGCCUUCCCAAACCAAUGAUAGGAUUUGGAGUUCCUAAUAUGUCACUCCCUCAUUUUCAUAGAACACUACCAGAGGCAGCCUUAUCUCCUCCGUACUUCUAUUACGAAAAUGUGGCACUUGCUCCUAAAGGAGUUUGGGAUACAAUCUCACGAUUUUUGUACGAUGUUCAACCUGAAUUUGUUGAUUCAAAGUACUUCUGUGCUGCUGCAAGAAAGAGAGGAUAUAUUCAUAACCUUCCAAUAGACGAUCGAUUCCCUCUUCUCCCUCUUCCUCCUCGGUCCAUUCAUGAGGCGUUGCCCUUGACUAAGAAGUGGUGGCCCCAUUGGGAUACAAGAACAAAGCUCAAUUGCUUGCAAACUGCAUAUGGUAGUGCAAAAUUGACAGAGAGGAUCCGCAAGGCUCUUGAAGAUUUUGAUGGUGACCCACCUAUGCAUGUUCAGAAGUACGUGAUGGAUGAAUGUAGAAAAUGGAAUCUAGUUUGGGUUGGCAGAAAUAAGGUUGCCCCUCUUGAACCCGAUGAAGUAGAAAUGUUGUUAGGAUUCCCUAGAAACCACACAAGAGGUGGUGGAAUAAGCAGGACUGAUAGAUAUAAGUCACUUGGCAACUCAUUCCAGGUUGAUACAGUUGCCUACCACCUUUCUGUCUUGAAAGAUCUGUUUCCCGGUGGUAUGAGAGUGCUUUCACUAUUUUCUGGGAUCGGGGGUGCUGAAGUUGCCCUCCACCGUCUAGGCAUACCUUUAAAAACUGUAGUGUCGGUUGAACUCGCUGAAGUGAACAGAAACAUUCAAAGGAGCUGGUGGGAACAGACUAACCAAAAAGGUAUUUUGAUAGAUAUUGCUGAUGUACAACAAUUGACUAAUGAUAGAUUGGAGCAGCUCAUAAAUUCAUUUGGGGGCUUUGAUUUAGUUAUUGGAGGAAGCCCUUGCAACAAUCUUGCAGGUAGCAAUAGAGUAAGUAGGGAUGGGCUCGAGGGUAAGGAAUCCUCACUAUUUUUCGAAUACAUCCGCAUUUUAGACACUGUUAAGAGUUUAAUGGGGAAAAAACUAUGACCAUUUUUAAUCUACAAUUUUCUUGUAUGUACUCAAACGUCCCUGGCUAUUGAUAUCCCGAACAGAGUAAGUUGAUAAAAUAGUUGGUUUAUGAACCUUUCAAGGGGGUAGUUAUGAAAGCGCUAAUACCAUCUUAAAAUUUGGUAGAAUUUGAACAAUAAUUAUUUUCUAGAGUGGACUUUUAACCAAUUCAUUCCUGGGUUGAUGUCUGCUGUAUUCCUGUUUGGACAGAAGAUUCUGCAUGUAAGUUGUAAGUUGGAACACAGUGAAAUUAUUUGUAAUAAUCUUUAGACUGUC